AUGUACUCAAGAAAAGGAAAGUUGAUAGUCCGUAAACAUCAGGAGGCUCUGACAGAUACCGCCAGACUGAACUUUGAUCAGCUUCAACCAGUUCAGUUUGCCAACAAUUCAUUUCAAGCAGACGGAGAAAGACACACUGCAGUCGACGAUCCUAAAGAGGCAUCUCCUAUCAAUGACUAG